AUGGCUUCCACGCAGAACACACGAGGGACAAGGAGAAAGAAGACUUUGAUUAAGAAAGCACACGAAUUGGGGAAGUUUUUUGGAUUUGAGGUAGCUCUGGUAAUUCGAAAGCAAGGUAAAAUCACCACGUACCAGUCGAUAGACCACGAGUCUUGGUGGCCAACAAAGGCAGAAAUGGUAGGUGAAUUUGCCUACCCAAUCCCGGAGAAGCUAUUACCGCGUGAUUUGGAGAAGUAG